GCUGACACAACACAGUCCCUCAAACUGAAACUGAAACUGAAACUGAAACACAAACACAAACAUUGCAAUUUGCAUGUAUGUGUCACAUGAUGUCUUUGAGGAGUCCUAUGAAUCAAUGUCUUCUCAAAGUUCCCACUUUUCAUCCUUUGUUCAAAUACAACAGAAUUCAUAGUCAUCGUCAUAACACCUUCUCAUUCACCAUCAGCUGCAACCUCAAAAACAAGGGAAAGAAUAAUAGCUUGUUGUCACAGAAGAUUGUUUUAUCAGAAUCUUCUCCUCCACCACUCACACAGGAUAAUGAUGAUAUCAACAAUGGAAAUGUUCCAGCAAGCUCAAAGAACCAGAAAGGUCCUUAUGGUGUGGUCAAAAAGUUGAGUAAAAAGGUGUUGCAGAUUCUCUCUAAUUUGCCUUUGGCUAUUGGAGAAAUGUUCAUCAUUGCUUUUUUAAUGGGUUUAGGCACUUUUAUUGACCAAGGCGAGAAACCUGAGUUUUAUUUCCAGAAUUACCCUGAAGAUCAUCCCGUGUUAGGAUUUUUUACUUGGAGAUGGAUUUUCUUCCUUGGUUUUGAUCACAUGUAUUCAGCCCCUAUAUUUCUUUCAAUGUUGGCCCUUCUUGGUGCAUCCCUUAUAGCCUGCACUUACACAACACAACUCCCACUCAUCAAGGUUUCAAAAAGAUGGUCGUUUAUCCACUCUGCCGAGGCUAUACGUAAGCAAGAAUUUUCAGAAUCAUUGCCGAGAGCAUCAAUUCAAGACGUCGGUACUAUAUUAAUGGGAGCUGGAUAUGAGGUAUUCUUGAAAGGACCAACUUUGUAUGCUUUUCGUGGACUUGCCGGUCGGCUAGCUCCUGUUGGUGUUCAUAUAGCACUGCUGUUGAUAAUGGGUGGAGGAACUUUAAGUGCUGCAGGGAGCUUUAAAGGUUCAGUCACUGUGCCUCAGGGGCUGAAUUUUGUUGUAGGAGACGUUCUCGGUCCUACCGGCUUUCUUUCCCUUCCAACUGAUGCUUUUAAUACAGAGAUUCAUGUCAACAGAUUCUCUAUGGAUUAUUAUGAAAGUGGGGAGGUUUCACAGUUCCACACCGAUCUUUCCCUCUUGGACAUGGAUGGAAAAGAAGUAAUGAGGAAAACAAUUAGUGUAAACGACCCUUUAAGAUACGAUGGUAUCACUAUAUACCAGACGGAUUGGAGUAUUUCAGCUCUGCAAAUUCUCAAGGACAAUGAAGGACCUUAUAACUUGGCUAUGGCACCUCUAAAGAUCAAUGGAGAUAAGAAACUUUAUGGUACCUUUCUACCUGUUGGAGAUGUUAACUCUCCUGAUGUUAAGGGAAUAUCUAUGCUUGCUCGUGACCUGCAGUCAAUUGUCCUUUAUGACAAGGAAGGGAAAUUUGCAGGAGUUAGACGACCUAAUUCAAAGCUCCCAAUCAACAUCGAUGGCUCAGAAAUUGUCGUCGUUGAUGCAAUAGGCAGUAGUGGCUUGGACUUGAAGACUGACCCUGGUGUGCCAGUUGUAUAUGCUGGAUUUGGUGCUCUCAUGCUCACUACAUGCAUCAGCUAUUUAUCUCAUUCCCAGAUAUGGGCUUUACAAGAUGGGACAACAGUCGUUAUUGGAGGGAAGACUAAUAGAUCAAAGUUAGAGUUUCCAGACGAGAUGAACCUCUUGCUUGAUAAAAUCCCUGAAAUAGUUGAAUCAUCAUCUCUAUCUAAGCAAACUGAUAGCAUGGUUGGCUAGAGCUUGUAGCUUUUGAGACAGCAAGGUGAGAAUUAAAAGACUCUUCAAUUGGAUGGUGGCAUAUAUAUGGAUUAUAUAGAAAUGAUAGAGUACUUCGACAUACAAAUUGGAUGCGAUGGAUGAGUCAAUCACCAAAACUUUUGCAGAUCAUCUUAUAAGACAUUGUUUACAUACUAAUAGUAUAUUACAUGUAUAUUUCGUUUGUUUUUAUUUGAUUUGAUAGGGCCAGAUACCAAAGCUCUUAUGUCUUGUAUCAUUUAUGCCCCUCAUUUAGGGAGAUGAAUAGUAUCUUUGCUAUCUGGUAUGUUCAUAAUGUACAGUUUGCUGUCGCAACUAUAUAAAGAUCACGUCUCUUUUUAUUGUAUUGA